UCACCUAAAAGAAAAGAAGACGAAAGGAAACUUGGAAGUUGAAGUUGAAGCUGAAAUUGAGGGAUUUUAAGUGAGAAGGAACCACUCUUAAGUCUUAAAUCAUGCAUAGUCUAUUUUAAAGUAUUUCCUCAUUUUCCUCCCAAUUCAACUGAAAAAACCAGAGGAUCAAAAAUGAAAGCAGCACAAGCAUGGUUUACAGGCACCGAUGAAUCUUCUACCAACCAAUCUACAUCUACAUCGUCGUCAUUGUUAGCUGAUUGGAAUUCAUAUGCCGCUACUCAAAAUCAAGAUCAUCAGUCGUCCUCCGAUUUCUCUUCGUCUUUGGGUUUUGAUAUUGAAUCCGCUGUCAGAUCCGCUAAUGACACUGUUUCCGGCACUUUCAGCGUGGUUUCUAAAGGGGUGAGGGACCUGCCUGGGAAUUUGCAGUCUGCCACUAGUAAUGUACCUUCAGGAAAAGCUCUGAUGUAUUUUGGUUUACUACUGGGUUCUGGGGUAUUCUUUGUGUUCAUUGCUUUCACUAUGUUCCUCCCAGUCAUGGUACUGAUGCCUCAGAAGUUUGCGAUUUGCUUUACCCUUGGGUGUGGGUUCAUUGUUGGGUCAUUUUUUGCACUGAGGGGACCAUCUAAUCAGCUAGCGCAUAUGUCUACAAAAGAGAGACUUCCCUUUUCAUUGGCAAUUGUUGGAUGUAUGUUUGGUACCAUCUAUGUGUCCAUGGUGCUCCAUAGUUAUAUCUUAUCCGUUCUUUUUUCCGUGUUACAGGUAUUUGCGCUGACAUACUAUGCUAUUUCUUACUUUCCUGGCGGGUCUACCGGGAUGAAAUUCCUAACUUCUGCUCUUACUUCAUCAGUAACGAGAGUAUUUGGGAGGUGACAUUCUUCGUGUUAAGUUUCCCUGUUCAUUGUACAAUUCCUUUCCCCUCACCGAACUUCCUAACUACGCUUAGUAACUUGAUAUGAGUACCAUGGGAUGAUUUUGUGUAGUUUCUAUUUCUUGAAUAUAUGAGUGGUAAAAGUUCUCGGAGUAUAGCAAAUUUUAUGUCAAAAUUUUGAUUUAAACCCACAUUGUACUAUUUGCUCUUGUUCCAUGCCGAAACUUAUCUUGAUUAA